AUGGAUCGACUCUCGGCGGCUUCCUCCGCGUGGCUGUGGCUGGACGGCCGCAGCCUGCUCCUCUUCGCUCUGGUCCUGCUGCUGACCGCAGAGUGUUUAAGGGCCCGGCGGCCCCGCAGCUUCCCUCCGGGACCCCGGGCCUUUCCUCUCGUGGGCAACAUGUUCUCCCUGGACCCCGGCGAUGUCCACGGAGACAUGACUAAGUUAUCAGAGAAGUAUGGGAAAGUAUACAGUCUGAAAAUGGGCCCCUCGUGGACGGUGGUGUUGAAUGGCCUCAGCGCGCUGCAAGAGGGCCUCACUAAAGGAGACCACCUGAAUGACCGGCCGGAGUUUCCAAUCCACUCGGAUGUGUUGCCCGACCUGGGUAUUAUUUUUUCCAAUGGACAUAUGUGGAAACAGCAGAGGCGAUUCGCCCUCUUCACUCUCAAAUACUUUGGCGUUGGCAAGAAAUCCCUCGAAUUCUCCAUACUGGAUGAAUUCAUGUAUAUAUCCAAAGAAAUCGCCAAUCAUAAAGGAAAACCCUUCAAUCCACAUUUAAUAAUGAACAACGCCGUCUCCAACAUCAUCUGCUCCCUAGUUUUCGGUCACCGCUUUGAGUACGGUAAUGAGAAGUUUCUGAAAAUGAUGAAGUUGUUUGACAAAGGGUCCCAGAUUGAAGCCUCCAUUUGGGCACAGCUGUACAACGCGUUUCCUGUGCUGAUGAGGCGUUUGCCGGGGCCACACCACGCACUUCAAAAUAUUUAUGGUGAAAUAAUGGACUUGAUUAAAACAGAAGUCAAUCAGCACAAAGAAGACUGGAACCCCUCGGAGCCCAGAGACUUCAUCGACUGUUACCUGAAUGAGAUUCAGAAGGACAAAAGGGAUGACGAAGCAGAUGCUGGUUUUAAUGAGGACAAUCUGGUAAUGUGUGGCUUUGAUCUGUUUGGGGCUGGCAGUCAUACCACAUCCGUCACCCUGCGCUGGGCUCUGCUCUACAUGACAAAGUACCCCGAGGUUCAGGCAAAGGUCCAGGCGGAGAUAGACGAAGUGGUUGGAACGUCCAGACAGCCGUCCAUGGAAGAUCGUGCCGACCUGCCCUACACGGACGCAGUCAUACACGAGAUCCAGAGGAUGGGCAACAUCGUUCCUCUCAGCCUGCCUCAUGUUACCACCCGGGACAUCCGGCUGGGAGGCUACAAAAUCCCUAAGGGAGUGACUAUAAUCCCCAAUCUGACCUCGGUGCUGUUUGACAAGAAUGAGUGGGAGACGCCCGACGCCUUUAACCCCGGACACUUUCUGAACCCGGAGGGCAAGUUUGUGAAGCGAGCUGCGUUCAUCCCUUUCUCUGCUGGCAAGCGGGUGUGUCUCGGAGAGAACCUGGCCAGGAUGGAGCUCUUCCUCUUCUUCACCUCCUUCAUGCAGCGCUUCAGCUUCUCCACGCCUCCGGGUGUGGAGCCUGUGCUGAAGCCCCGUUUUGGCGUCACCCUUUCACCCCCCCCUUUUGAAAUCUGUGCCACUCCACGCAAAGAGUGA